AUGCAUCAAUAUUUCCAACGAAUACAAAAUCGCAACCAACUCAGUCCCGAUGCUCGGCCACUCAAAAGGCACAACAGAAAAAGCGAUUCAUUUAGACAAAGUGGUGGUUCUGAUAAAAGUAGUGGAGUUGUUGCUAUUAUGCAUCCAGAUGUAUUCCCUCAACAAGAAAAGCAAGAAGAAGAUAAUUUGGGCCCAGACCGGGUUGUUAAAGGCUAUCAAAUUGAAGUUAUUCAUAGUGUUUUGGUUAGGCAUGAAUAUGAAUCGCUUAUGAAGGUUUGUUGUUUAUUUGAUAUAUUCGAUUGAGUAUUCUAUGUUUGUGUGAUUUAAAUCAUCUGGCAGACAGGGGUCUUGUAGAUUAGGGGUAGUGAAUCUUGGGAAAUAUGCGGGUAGGGAAACCGAUAUAUGGCCCAAAACUUAAGGUUAUC